UGGUACCCCAUUUUAUACGAAAAAAUAAUCUUUGAACCAGCCAAAUGAACUUGUUCGUUCAUCAGCUGCACCUCACUAGUAUAUAAACAAUAGGGAGAGCUUUUGAAAAAAUAUAGUUAUUUUGGUUCGGACUUCGUCGUUGUAAACAUCUCCAGAAAAUAAUUAUGGCUACUUUCCGAAUGGGAGCCAAGACCCAUCCAGUGCCCAUGGCUCUGUUCCGUAAAAAUCGCCAAAAUUUGUGCACUGCACUGAAGGCCAAUUCGGCUGUGGAAAAGGGUUCCUUUGUCUUGUUGGAAGGCGGUAAAGAUGUCAGUUUCAACGACACCGAUGUCAACUAUCUGUUCCGUCAGGAAUCCUAUUUCCAAUAUCUUUUCGGCGUAAAAGAGCCUGACUGUUUCGGUGCAUUGAACGUCGAUUCUGGGGAAUCCAUACUCUUUGUACCACGUUUACCCGAAGAAUAUGCCACUUGGAUGGGACGCCUAUUUACUUUGGAGGAAUUCAAAUCCAUGUAUGAAGUAGAUCGUGUUCUUUAUGUCGAUGAACUACCAGCAUUCUUUGAAAAGGCUGCGCCCAAAUUGAUUUUGACCCUCAGUGGUGUGAACAGUGACAGUGGUUUGCGUUCGAAACCAGCCUCGUUUGAUGGCAUUGAAAAGUAUGUGGUCAAUUGUGAUUUAUUGCAUCCAAUUUUGGCCGAAUGUCGUGUGAUUAAGACCCCCGAAGAAAUUGAAGUUUUGCACUAUGUGGCCAUGGUGUCGUCGGAUGCCCAUAUUAAAGUUAUGCAGUUCAUGCGUCCCGGACGCACUGAGUAUGAAGGUGAAGCUGUUUUCCUACAUCACGCGUAUGCUGUGGGCGGUUGCCGUCACACUUCCUACACUUGCAUCUGUGGUAGUGGUACCAACUCUGCAAUUUUACAUUACGGACAUGCUGCAGCUCCCAAUGACAAGGCUGUGCGAGAUGGUGAUAUGUGUCUCUUUGACAUGGGUGCCAAUUACUGUGGCUAUGCUGCUGAUAUAACCUGUUCAUUCCCAGCAAAUGGCAAAUUCACCGAAGAUCAAAAGUUCAUUUAUAACGCUGUACUAGAUGCCCGCAAUGCGGUGUUGAAAGAAGCACGUGAAGGUGUCUCCUGGGUUGAUAUGCACCGCUUAUCUUGCCGUGUUAUGUUACAACGUCUCAAGGAAGGUGGUAUGCUCCAGGGAGAUGUUGAUGAAAUGUUGGCUGCUGGUCUGGCCGGUACCUUCCAGCCUCAUGGCUUGGGCCAUCUAAUUGGUUUGGAUGUUCAUGAUGUCGGUGGCUAUUUGCCCGGUCAACCUGAACGUCCCACCGAACCAUGGCUGAGUAAACUACGUUUUGCCCGUGAUCUUAAGGCGGGAAUGUAUGUUACCGUCGAACCUGGCUGUUACUUUAUCGAUAUUCUUAUGGACAAAGCUUUGGCCGAUCCAAAUCUAAACAAAUUCAUUGUCAAGGAUGUGUUCGAACGUUUCCGUACAUUCGGUGGCGUUCGCAUAGAGGAUGAUGUCUUGAUUACCAAAACCGGCAACGUGAAUUUCGCCAGUGUUCCAAGAACUGUGGAAGAAAUCGAAAAGUGUAUGGCUGAACGUACCUAAGUGUUGCAGCUGCGUGCAUAAAAUAACAGCUGCUGGGAUAAUAUAUAUUAAAUAUAUAAUCGUAUUAUCAAUGUAUUAGCUUUGUAUAUUGCUCGUUUUUUGUGUGAAUCGACAAAUGAUUUGUUGUGCUGUUUUGAUAAGAAAUUUUUGUAUUGAACUGUUUUUUUUCCCAUGUUAUCUGAUAAAUAAAGUUAUAUAUUUUUUAAAA